AUGGGCUUCAGGGGAAUCACCCCCAUCCACCCUACCGUCAAGCAUUCCAUUAGCACCAACCAGAGGGGAAGAACUCCCCCAACAGGGCCGGCUUGCGUUCGAUGCACGCCAGUCAGUGAAUCCAAGAUUCUCUUUUACUCUGCCGACUGCCGCAUCUUCUUGAUGGCCUCAGAAGAUGGACUUGGGAAUUGCUCUGCCAAGGUUUUACUUGUGACCGUAAUCCCCAUUUUAACCCCUCACCAAGAGAACCUUUUCCUCCUAUUCCCAGUGUGCUUUCUUCCUCUGCUCAGGCACAUGGUCGUUAUGGUAGGCCUCUGGGUGCACGCGGCGACGAUGCUGAGAGACCCCUGCUUUGCCCCAAAACUCACGACCGUAGUAGGGACAUGGCAGGAGACCUGCACCACCUGUCUCUCUUUGAGUAG